CUAGGAUGUGAUUUAGCCACGUGUUCAUAUACAAACAUACAUACGUAGGAAUGCAUUAUUGGAAUGGAAUCGAAGUGGGAAUGACUGCAUUUACUAAUUUUUGAUGGAUACAGAGAAUCUCUAUAGGGUUUAUUAAGGUGAUAUUAAUUUAGUGGAAGAACAGUUACCGAAAAAUGUUUCACUCCGAACUGUAUCGAACUUCAUGACCGUAUUUUUACUUUUGUUAUCUUGGCAAAAAUUCUUGGGGUUCUGGAAUUUUAUAAGGUUGUGGUGUUUUCCUUUGGAAAACAACACGAUGCUCUUUUGUUUCUAUCUGGGGGAGUGAGUGUAAAAAAUCUUUUCCCCACCAGCUACGCUUUGCUUUCAUGCUGAUAAUUGGUAUUGCUUGUUGUCCUUCUCUCUUCUAUCUCUUUGUAGCCAUACACACACUGGUACACUGUGUGUUUCUGCAAGUACUGAAAUGGAUGUCGAUGUGAUGAUUUGGUAUUCUUUUUUAUUUUUAUUUUUUUCAUUUCUAAUUGUCUUGGUCUGUUGAUAAUUUGUGAAUUUGCUAAAAAGGGUACGCAGUUAUGUUGAUCUUUUAGGUGUUCAUAUUCAUAUGAAUUCUUUAAGCUUAUCUGUGUAUGCUAAAAAGGAUACGUAGUUAUACUAUCUACCGGACACUGAACUCGGUUGAUGUAGCUUGGAGAUAUUGUGGCCUUCUGGAGCAAUUUGGUUUUCCAUUUUGGGUAUAAUGUGUUCUUCAUUCAAGAUUGCUCUGGAAUAGAAAGAAUUGGUUAAAAGUCACAGGAUUAUUUCAUUGUACAGUCGUGAGUGUGUUUAUCAGGAUUCUUUUAAUAUUAAUAGGCUGAUAAUAAUGGGAGGCUCAUCAAAGUCUGGUCGGCAGAUGUCUAAUAGUUCUAGGGAAUUGAGUUCUUCGUCGGACUUUGAUAGAAAUUCUAGGAUUAUCCAUGCAAGAAAUAUCAAGUCCUCAGGUGACAAUACAACCCAAGAAUCUGGGUUCAUGUCCGGAGGAAAGGGGAGGGAAAGAAGUCUCUGGCCACUCACCACCCGCUAUAGAACACAAGUUGGAGACUCUGAAGAUUCUGCCUCUAUGGGGCCCCUCAACAAAACUGUGCAAUCCAGUGAUGUUAAUUUGAGACAAUGGUUAGAUAAUCCAGAAAGGAAAGUGGAUGCUCCUGAAUGCCUUCAAAUAUUUUUGCAAAUUGUGGAUUUUGUUAACCUGGCGCAUUCUCAAGGAAUUGUUGUUCGCAAUGUGCGGCCAUCUUGCUUUGUCAUUUCCUUGUUUAAGCGAGUCUCUUUCAUAGAGUCUGUUCCUUUUCUGGAUGCUGGUUCAGAUUUUCUCGAAGACAGGUCCAACAGCCAAGCAGCCGACAUUAAAGGUCGGGUUAUUUAUGCUUCAGAAGCCAGCGACAAUGAGCGAACAGAAGAUUAUAAGUAUUACUUCCCAAUGAGACAAAUAUUGCUCAUGGAAUCCAAUUGGUACAGCAGUCCAGAAGAACUUUCUGGGGGUACUAAUUCUAGUGCUUCAGACAUUUAUCAACUCGGAGUCCUUCUGUUUGAACUAUUCUGCACAUUUAGCUCUCUAGAAGAAAAAAGCACAACUAUGGCAAGCCUGAAACAUCGUGUCCUUCCUCCUCAGUUGCUUCUGAAUUGGCCUAAAGAAGCUUCAUUUUGCUUAUGGUUGCUGCAUCCUGAGCCGAGUAGCCGGCCUAGAAUGAGUGAGGUGUUGCAAAGUGAUUUUUUGAAUGAACCAAGAGAUAGCAUAGAAGAACAAGAAGCUGCUAUGGAGCUCAGAGAAAAAAUAGAGGAGCAGGAAUUAUUGUUGGAAUUUCUUAUGGUGACACAGCAAAGGAAACAGGAUGCUGCAGAUAGCUUGCAUGAGACAAUCUCCUUUAUAUCUUUUGACAUAGAAGAAGUCACAAAACUGCUUAUGGCUCUCAGGGCAAAAGGAGGUUCGAGUAUGGAGUUGGGGAAGAAUUCGACUUCAGGUCCAGAGAGAAUAAUUACUGAUGAUGAUGAUUCUGGUAGCUCAGUUUCUAGAAAGCGUUUCAGGCAGGGGCUUUAUAACAAUAACCCAGAAGAAUCUGGUGACCAGGCAGAUGAGCAUCAGAAAUCAGAAAUGCCUUCUGGACCACAGGGAAAUGUUCUCUCCAAAAGUUCUCGGCUGAUGAAGAAUUUCAGAAAAUUGGAAUCAGCUUACCUUUUGACAAGACGCAGGUCUGUCAAACCAGUAGCCAGACCAUUGACUCAACAUUUUCCAGUUAGCAGCAAUGUCAGGGGAUCUAUGGCAGUCACUGAAAAAAGUUCGAUUAGUAAUCUUUCAACUAAAGAACGGUAUAGUGAGAGUAGGCAAGGUGGAUGGGUGGAUACAUUUUUAGAGGGAUUAUCAAAGUAUCUCUCCUUUAGUAAGCUGAAAGUUAAGGCUGACUUGAAGCAAGGGGAUCUUUUAAAUUCAUCCAACCUGGUGUGCUCGCUGAGUUUCGACCGCGAUGGUGAUUUUUUUGCGACUGCUGGUGUAAACAAGAAGAUCAAAAUUUUUGAAUACAAUUCAAUCAUAAAUGAAGAUCUUGAUAUUCAUUAUCCUGUGGUGGAAAUGACAAGUAGAUCAAAGCUUAGCAACCUAUGUUGGAAUGGCUAUACCAAAAGCCUGAUCGCUUCGAGUAACUUUGAAGGGGUGGUGCAGGUAUGGGAUGUCACGAGAAGCCAUAUUUUCAUGGAAAUGAAAGAACAUGAGCAGCGUAUAUGGUCUAUUGACUUCUCAGUGGCAGAUCCAAAAAUGCUGGCCAGCGGGAGUGACGAUGGCUCUGUUAAGCUCUGGAAUAUCAAUCAGGGAGUAAGUGUCGGUACCAUUAGAACAAAGGCCAAUGUUUGCUGCGUUCAGUUCCCCGUGGAUACUGGCCAUUCCCUGGCUUUUGGUUCAGCUGACCAUAGAAUAUAUUUAUAUGAUCUACGUAACUUAAAAAUGCCUCUAUGCACGUUAGUUGGGCAUAAUAGAACUGUGAGCUAUGUGAAGUUCAUAGAUUCAUCUACUCUUGUUUCGGCAUCUACGGAUAACACUUUAAAGCUUUGGGAUUUGUCAAUGUGCACAUCAAGAGUUCUAGAUUAUCCUCUCCAAUCAUUUACAGGACACCUUAAUAUAAAGAAUUUUGUUGGCUUAUCCGUAUCGGAAGGUUAUAUUGCAACUGGCUCGGAAACAAAUGAGGUUUUCGUCUACCAUAAAGCUUUCCCCAUGCCUGUAUUAUCAUUUAAAUUUACUGGCACGGAUUCACUUUGUGUUGAUAACAUGGAUGGCACCGCCCAAUUUAUCUCAUCGGUCUGCUGGCGUGGUCAGUCGACCACCUUAGUUGCAGCAAAUUCCAUGGGACAUAUUAAGCUUUUGGAGAUGGUUUAAUUUGGUUAAUCAUGGGCACUGGAGAAGCAAAAACAAAUGCUUAUACAGGGACAAAACCUGAAAAGAAAAGCAACUACGGCCAGAGGAGUUGAUGCCUAAGAUCUGCUUUAUAGAAGGUUAUAGUAACAAGAAACAGAUAUCAAUAGGAACGUAUUUUUGCCCUUAGUUCUUAGCGAACGAAUUUAACUUGAAGAGUGAAAUUUUGUUUAUAUAUUCAAAAAUUCUUAUCAAGCAUUUUGUUGUGGUAUCAUACCAACCUCAGUUCCCAAUUAAGGAUGGGGUAGAAAGUGAUUGCUUGGGCCAUGAUUAA